CAGACUCCCAUGAUUUUUUAUUCCUCUCCACACCAUGAAGGGAAAUCAACUGCCCAAUCCAGUCUUGAUUCUCCUUUUCCUGCUCCUUCCCAGAGAUGCUUCAGCUACUUCAAAACCGCAGUACCUGGUGCUGGUCCCAUCACAGCUAUACUCUGGGGUUCCUGAGAAGGCCUGUAUCUUGCUUAAUCACCUGAAUGAGACCGUGACACUGAGUGUAACUCUGGAGUAUGGAAGGCAGAGCAGGAACCUCCUCACAGACCUGGUGACAGAGAAGAACUCCUUCUACUGCAGCCCUUUCAUUAUUCCAGAGUUGCCAUCUUCUUCAGCGUUCAUUACUGUGCAGGUGAAAGGACCGACACUGCAGUUCAUAAAUAGAAAAUCAGUGCAGAUAACACAAGCAGAGAGCCUCGUCUUUGUCCAGACAGACAAACCCACCUACAAACCAGGACAAACAGUGAGAUUCCGCAUCGUCUCUGUGGAUGUCAGUUUUCACCCUUUGAAUGAAAUGUUCCCAGUGGUUUACAUUGAGAAUCCCAAGAGGAACCGAAUUUUCCAAUGGCAAAGUCUCAAAUUGCAAGGGGGACUUAGCCAGCUCUCUUUGCCACUCUCGGCGGAGCCUGCUCUGGGUCCCUACAAGGUCGUGCUGCAGAAGGAGUCAGGGAGAAAAAUAGAACACUCCUUUGAGGUGAUUGAAUAUGUUUUGCCCAAAUUUGAAGUCCAAGUGAAAAUGCCCAAGACAAUUGGUUUUCUAGACAAAGAAUUUGUGGUAUCCGUCUGUGGCUUAUACACAUAUGGAAAGCCUGUCUCUGGUCUGGUGACAAUUAAUAUAUGCCGAAAAUAUUCACGAUACUAUUCCACCUGCCAUGGAAAACAUUCACAAAGUAUCUGUGAAGAAUUCAGUCAACAGGCAGACAAUGAAGGCUGUUUCACACAAUUCGUAAAGACUAAAAUAUUUCAACUGAGACAAAAACUAUAUGACAUGACAAUACAAGUGGAAGCAAAGGUCAGAGAGGAGGGAACAGGAUUGGAAUUAACCGGGCAUGGAUCAUGUGAAAUCACAAAUACCUUAAGCAAACUGAAAUUUAUAAAAGUGGAUUCACACUACAGAUGUGGGCUCCCUUUCUUUGGGCAGAUUCUUCUAGUGGAUGAGAAGGAUCAGCCAAUCCCCAAUGAAACUAUAGUUGUUGCUGUGGAUUUAAAUAGAUACCGUUCCAGCUAUACGACUAAUGAGCAUGGUUUGGUGGACAUUUCCAUUGAUACCACCAACUUCACAUCUUCUUUCAUUACAGUUACAGUCACUUACAAAGAGAAUAACCAAUGUUUUGAUCACUGGUGGCUUUCAGAAUUUCAUACACAAGCACAGCACACUGCAAAGCGUAUUUUCUCCCCAAGCAAGAGUUAUGUUCACCUUGAACCUGUUGCUGGCACUAUGACUUGUGGGCAAACCCAGGAGAUACGGGCACACUACAUUCUGAAUGGGCAGAUGCUGCAGGAUGAAAAAGACUUAACCUUCUAUUAUUUGAUCCAAGCAAGAGGAAGCAUCUCUCAAUCAGGAAUCCACGUGUUGUCCAUUAAACAAGGAGAUAUGAAAGGGGUAUUUUCCUUCUCCUUUCAAGUGAAAUCAGACAAUGCUCCUAGUGCUCAGUUGCUUGUUUAUACUAUUUUACCUAAUGGAGAAAUUGUUGCAGAUACUGGGAAACUUGAGAUUGAAAACUGUUUUGCCAAUAAGGUAAACUUGAGCUUCUCCUCAGCCCGGAACCUGCCAGCCUCGAACACCACACUGAAGGUCACAGCCACUCCUCACUCCCUGUGUGCCCUCCGUGCAGUAGACCAGAGUGUACUGCUCAUGAAGCCUGAAGCCGAGCUGUCACCUCAAUCAGUCUAUAAUUUGCUGCCAGAGAAGAAUCUCUUUAGUGUUAGCUACAGAGGUCCUGCGAAUGAAGAUGGUCAAAAAUGCAUCCAUGCAGAAGACAUAACUCACAACGGAAUCAUUUACACACCAAAGCAGAUCCUGGACGAUGAUGAUGUUUACAAUAUCUUUGAGUCUGUAGGAUUAAAUAUUUUUACCAACUCAAAAAUCCACAAGCCACGUUUUUGUCAGCUGCCUCAUGGAUAUCCAGCAAUGCCUAUGCCCUACCUAGGAGCAGUUCCACAAGGCUUAGCUCUAGCAAGUGGUGCUGCAGGAGCAGUUUAUCCAACGAUGAUGAGAGAAGAGUUUCCAGCCAUGGAAGUGAAAGGGACUGUUCGGAAGUAUUUCCCUGAGACCUGGAUCUGGGACUUGGUGCCACUCGAUUCAUCAGGUGGAAGUGGGUUGGCAAAGCAGGUUCCUGACACCAUCACAGAGUGGAAGGCCAACGCACUCUGCUUGUCCAAAACUACGGGGCUUGGCCUCUCCCCCAUCAUCUCUCUUCAAGUCUUCCAGCCGUUCUUCCUGGAACUCACUCUCCCCUACUCUGUGGUGCGAGGAGAAGACUUUAUACUCAAAGCCACUGUGUUCAACUAUUUGUUCCACUGCAUUCGGGUCAGUGUGCAGCUGGAUAUCUCUCCUGCCUUCUCGGCUGUCCCAGUAGAGAAGAAUGAAGACUCUCACUGUGUCUGUGGAAAUGGGCAGAAAACUGUGUCCUGGGCUGUGACCCCAAAGUCACCGGGAAAGGUGAAUUUCACAGCUACCGCAGAAGCCCUGCGAUCUCAGGAAUUGUGUGGCAAUGAGGUGCCUGAAGUCCCAGCAUUUGGACAGAAGGACACCGUGGUCAAGCCCUUACUAGUUGAGCUUGAAGGAAUAGAAAAGGAGGAAACUUUCAACACACUCCUCUGUGCAUCAGAAACUGGAGUACCUGAAAAGUUGUCACUAAAAGUUCCUUCAGAUGUGGUUAAAGGAUCUGCCAGGGCAACAUAUUCGGUUUUGGGUGAUAUACUAGGCUCUGCCAUGCAAAAUCUUCAGAAUCUUCUCCAGAUGCCCUAUGGGUGUGGAGAGCAGAAUAUGGUCCUUUUUGUCCCUAAUAUUUAUGUUCUGAACUAUCUGAGUGAGACACAACAGCUGACCGAGAAGAUCAAGUCCAAAGCCAUCAGCCACCUUAUCAGUGGGUACCAAAGACAGUUGAAUUAUAAGCACAGUGAUGGCUCAUACAGCACUUUUGGAGACCAUGAUGGCAGAAGUCAGGGAAACACUUGGCUCACUGCAUUUGUGCUCAAGUCCUUUGCUCAAGCCCGGUCAUACAUCUAUGUGGAAGACUCACACAUCACAAAUUCCCUCACCUGGCUCUCACAGAAGCAAAAGGAAAAUGGUUGUUUCCAAAGCUCUGGAUUACUGCUUAACAACGCUAUCAAGGGUGGGGUAGAUGAUGAGGUGACGCUCUCGGCCUACAUCACCAUUGCUCUGCUGGAGAUGCCACUGCCUGUCACUCAUCAAGUUGUCCGCAAUGCUCUAUUCUGCCUGGAAAAUGCCUGGAGAUCCACCUCAGAGGCCCAAGGAAGUCUUGUCUAUACCAAGGCAUUAUUGGCUUAUGCCUUUGCCCUAGCAGGAAACCAGGCCAAGAGAAGUGAGCUGCUUGAAUCACUAGACAAAGAGGCUGUAAAAGAAGAGGACUCAAUCCACUGGCAACGUCCUGGGAAAUUUCAAGAAGCUAAGGAACUCUAUUAUCAACCCCGGGCUCCUUCUGCUGAAGUGGAGAUGACAUCUUACUUGCUCCUUGCCUAUCUUACUGCCCAGCCUGCCCCAUCUUCAGAAGACCUGUCUGUGGCCUCACAUAUUGUGAAAUGGAUCACCAAGCAACAAAAUCCCAAUGGGGGCUUCUCUUCCACUCAGGAUACAGUGGUAGCUCUCCAAGCCCUCUCCAAAUAUGGAGCAGCAACUUUCACUAAAAGGGAGAAAGAAGCUAUAGUCACUGUCAAGUCUUCAAGGACUUUCUCUGAAGAAUUCCAAGUAGAUGAUACCAAUCGCCUAUUGCUGCAGGAGGUCGAGUUGCCAGAGAUUCCAGGAGAGUACAGUACAACAGUGUCAGGGUCAGGAUGUGUAUACCUCCAGACAUCCCUGAGAUAUAACAUCCUGCCCAAGAAAGAAGGAAAAGUUCCCUUCACCUUGAAGGUUGAUCCUCUCGCUAAGAAUUGUGAUGGCAUAGAUGUUCACAGGAAAUUCCAGAUUCAUAUCAACAUUAGUUAUACUGGGGAACGAGCCAGCUCCAACAUGGUCAUUGUUGAUGUGAAGAUGGUAUCAGGCUUCAUUCCUGUGAAAACAUCAGUGAAAAAGCUCCAAGAAAGGCCUCAGAUUCAAAGGACUGAAGUGAGCACCAACCAUGUCCUGAUUUACUUUGAAGAGCUAACCAAUCAAACCCUGAGUUUCACCUUCUCAGUGGAACAACGCAUCCAAAUAAAGAAUUUAAAGCCAGCUACUGUAAAAGCCUAUGAUUAUUAUGAGACAGAGGAAUUCACCAUUGAAGAGUACAGUGAUCCCUGCCUUGCUGGAAUGCUUGAACAUGGGAACUUAUGGACCUCAUCAGAUGAACUCCUCUGGAAAUGAAGAACAAAAACUUAUCAAGAGAGAAGACAGUGGGAGAAAGAAGGGACAGGAACUGAAAAUACAUAAAAUUUUUA